AACUCCUCCCCAGCUGUAGCUAGCUGUCCCAAAUCCCAAUCUCCCCAUGUGACCAUCCCCUCCAAUACCUCCGGGCCUGAGGAAAAGAGAAAGAACUAAAGAAAUUAAAAAAAUGGAAAAAAAACUUCCAACAUAGAGAGAGAGAGAGAGAGAGUUGGAAGGUAGAAGAUUAACAGAAUCAAUAGAGAUAGAGAUAAAGAACAAACGAGAGGAGAAGAAGCUGAAGAAUAAGAGAAGACUUGUUGCUGCUCCUAACAUUCUCUCUCUCUUAUCUCUCUCUUCUUAGUUCUAACUUCCCAUGCUAACUUGGGAAUAGCAAGAUUUGAAGGGUUUGUUUGUUUGUUUUUUGGUUGGUUGUUUAAGUUCAGUAGUUUUCUCAUUUUUUUCUCUCUUUAAAUUGUGCCAUUGUUGGAUACAUAAGAUGGCUCAGUUACCUCCCAAAAUCCCAAACCUGACACCCAAUUGGCCAAAUUUUUCCCACCUAAGGAUACAUUCCAUGGGUAGCUUAAUGCCCACCAUCACCACCACCCAACAGCCACCACCACAGCCUUCACAACAACCAUCAUGGGUGGAGGAAUUCCUCGAUUUCUCGUCGGCAAAACGCGGCUCUCACCGGAGGUCAGCCAGUGACUCAAUUGCCUUCCUAGAAGCUCCUGUGAUUGAAGAAUGCAGGAACUCUUCAGCCUCAUUAAGGCCCAACAACAACAACAAUGAUCAAUUUGAUGGAUUGGAUGAUGAGCAACUCAUGUCUAUGUUCUCUGACGACAUCUCAACAUCACCCAAUCUACCUCCCACUACGGUAUCAUCUUCCAAUCCUUCUACACCGUCUGAUCACAACAGCAUUAAUGAAGACAAAAAGCCCACACCAUCUGAUCAGCACCUAAAGAAUGAAUCAGCUGAAGUCCAGAGCUCAUGUAAUGCUGAUGAUCCUCCUCAUCCCACGUCUGCUAAUGGGGAUACCAUCGUUGAUCCUAGACGUGUCAAGAGGAUUCUCGCCAACCGGCAAUCUGCACAAAGGUCACGAGUGCGAAAGCUACAAUACAUUUCAGAGCUGGAACGUAGCGUUACAUCAUUACAAACGGAAGUAUCGACAUUGUCACCAAGAGUUGCAUUUCUUGAUCAUCAACGAUUGGUUCUUAACGUGGAUAAUGGCACUCUUAAACAAAGAAUCGCUGCUCUUGCUCAAGAUAAGAUAUUCAAAGAUGCUCACCAAGACGCAUUGAGGAAGGAGAUAGAGAGAUUAAGGCAAGUGUACCACCAGCAAAACCUUAAGAAGGUGGGCAACAACAACACAUUAAUUAUCAGUACUUCUACUGCGCCAACCUCUGAUACCCACCCAGCUGGUACCGACAAUGAACACCCAAUGAAUUGAGGGUCUACGUACGUAGUUCAGAGUCUAAAGAGGCUAUGGUGCAUUCUGCUAACCUGCGCAUACACGUGAUGUUUUCCCCUCCUAUGAGGAAUGUUAGUAGAAAAAAAACCACAAAAAUAUGUCCUUCAAUCUUUAAAAGCACAUGGACUAAUCUUAUUUCAUUGAGGGGUCUGUUGUAGCCGGUGAAUGGAUUGUAGGGGGUGCGGUUUUGGGGAUGAGGUUGGUGAUUUUUUUUUUUUUUUUUUUUAUUAUUAUGACUAAAUUCUUUUUCCCAUUUUCUUUGUAGGUUUGAUUUUUGUGCUCUGUUGUGCAUAUUCUUGA